UUUCAUUUCCCCCUUUCUCAGUCUCUGCUCUCAUUUCCCCGCUUUCUCAGUCUUGCCAUUUGAAGCGCAAUCUAAGCUCGUCAGCCUUCUCUUUCUCCAUCGGCAACUGAGUUUUAAUAAUUGGUGGUGAAGCACUCUGCAAAUAUAGGUGGGGAGAGUAUCUCUACGAUAUUAAGAAAUUAAUUGGCUAUAUUGUUGAGAAAUGGAUCGUCGUUGGAUGUAUGGUUCUCGAAUCACACCAGAAUAUUUGAAUGGGGUCAAAGAGUUCUGCAGAAUAGCAGUGCAACACCAACGAAGUACUCUAGUUGAACAAAGACUAACCAAAGCAAGACCUAUUUUCUGCCCUUGUCGUGAUUUUAUGAAUGUGAAGAGGUGGGAAGAUAUUAAGAAAAUAGAGGAGCAUUUGAUUAUCCGUGGGUUUAUGCUAGACUACAACAUUUGGUACUGGCAUGGUGAAAAAUUAAUUCCCACGAGUAAUUCAUCUUCUAUUAAUGAUAAUAAAGCCGAGGAGAGAGAGUCGAAUGGUUUUUAUGAUAAUGAAGCGGGUGAUAAAGAUGACAUCGAGGAAAACAAGAAAGAUGAGAUGAUGGACGGGUUAGGUGAUCAUGUGGAUUGUCUUGCAGAUGGAUCGUGGGCUAUAGACCCGAAGGAUGUGAAAACCUUGCAAAUAGUCAAUGCUAUCUUGAAGAACUUGCAAAAGAAUGCCGAAGGAUACGGUUCAAGUGAAGAAAAAAGGAUCACCGUGGGCAUGUAAAAGGACUAGGAAGGUCUGGAAUUGGAGUUAGUCACACACAAGCAUUAGGGAAGGAAUACAUAAAGGGUAAGUCGUUAAGCCAAGAUCGAUGCUCAUUUAAGGAGUUAGAAUCGAUGAAAGCUACCUUAACUCAAGAAUUUGAGGCGAGGAUAGAAAAAAAGGUUGAAGAGAAGCUGGAAGAGAUGUUGGAACAACGUGUGGCAAUGAAGGUGAAAGCUUAUCUUGCCAAGUUGCUGCCACAGAUGACCGCUAACGUAGAGGAAUUUAAAGGAGUCCAACUAACGACCACGAAAGCAACAUAAAUUUCUCGUGUAAUAGAGGUACCAACUAAAUGUCGCCUUGCAUUGAAAGAUGAGUACGAUAAAAAUUUAGUGAUUGUGGCAGAUGGAACGAUAUAUCCUUCUACAGGUGAAGUUACUCACAACCUGAAAAUGAAACCCAAUCAUUAUAGGGUUAGCGUGGACAAACCUUACCUUGACUACGCCCUCCUCGAAUUACCGAUACCAUCUCCCAAUGGUGUGACUAAGUUGGGUAAAGCCGGGAGUAGCUUUGUGUAAUGGCCUAUUGACAUGGUUUUUUUGUGAAGAAGAGGUUUCAUCACCGCCAAAUAAAAAGCCUAAAUCUAGGCAAAGCAAAGAAAAGGACGAUAGUUGUGGCAUUAAAUCAAGGCAAUCCGUCAUCAUAGAGGCUUCUAACCAGUUGAAGAUAACAUCAUUGACACUUUUGACAAGGGAAUGGACUCAAUUGUGUUAAAAUUUCAAACGGCCGAGAAUGUGGUUGAUAUUAAUGUUGAUGAUGUUGAUAAAGUAAUGUGGAUUGAUUUGAUUAUUGAGUAUGAGGAAUUGUUUAGGAAAAAUGGGUAUAUGAUGCCUAAAUAUCCUAGUUUCCAUUACUGUUAUAAUAAGAAGGAUGUUAAAAUUACUAGUGACAGUGAUUUAAUGUCUAAGUUAGAUAGAAUAGGAGGAAGUAAGAAAGUGAUUACAGUGUAUGUGGGUUCAGUUGAAACACCUUCUGAAUGUGUAGUUGCAGCUAGGAAUCUUACAGAGUCAUUGAAAAACAAACCCAAUAUGCAUUAUAGUCUAAGUCCACCUAUGAAAAACAACCAAAGCUUUGAUGUUGGGACUAGUGACAUGCCUGAUGUUAGUCCACCUAGGAUAAAUGAAACACUUAUAGACAAUUGGGAAAGAAUAGAAGAGGAAGCCAGUGGAUGUAAGACACAUAAAAAGAAGGGAAAGGGGGGACGGGGCAAUCCUAAGCCUAGGGUUAAGUUACCUGAUCAAAGAAGUUUACUUACUAAUGAGCCACUUACUCUAGCUGACACUACUACUUUUUCCAAUGCUCCUUUGCUUGAAAAAACUACCCUGAAUCCAACCUCAUCAAACAACACAACCUUGAUUGUUCAUAAAAUACCUAAGACUACUGCUGCUAGGAAGGGCUUGUUGAACACACCAUACGAAAAAGAGGCACAAGUGAUUACUGAAGAGGAGUUUAAUAGGAGGUUUGAGCAUGGAGAAACUUUACGGCCAGAAAUGAAUGCUGACAUUGGAGAUGAAGAUUUAGACAUAUAUUUUGAAAGAGGUGGUGUCUCAGAUGAAGAAGAACAGGAAUUUGGUGAGAUCAUUGACAAUUAUGAUGCUUAUGCAUCUGAUGUAUGGAAAACUGAACUACUUGAUGAUGACACUUAUGUCAGUAAAAUGUACAAGAAUGGAGAAUUUGCUGAAAAUGUUGAGUUUGGAAGUAUUGUUUUGAAACCAUGGAUGAUAUUUACUGAUAAAGCACAUUUCCUAUCUGUUCUAAGAGAUUACAGUAUACAAUCUGGGUUUGCUAUUGUAGUGGAUAGAUCUAGUCCAACUAGAUUCACUGUUCAGUGCUUGGAAUUGAACUGUAAUUGGAGGAUACAUUCAAGUGUACUCCCUGAUGGCACUACUUGGGCCAUAAAGAGUAUAAAAGAUUCAGAGCACACUUGUAGGGGUUUGGAUGAGAGGAAUCCUUUAGUUAAUGUGAAGUGGGCUGCAAGUAAGCUAAUUGAUGAUAUAAGGGCAAACAAUGAUAUAACCGGGAAAACUUUGAAUGACUUGUUGUGGACCAGGUAUGGGGUGCAGAUGGCCACUAGUACUCUCUAUAAAAUGAGGAGUAUUGCUCUUAGGGAGAUCAAUGGUGGACAUGAUGAGUCUUAUGGCCAUCUUCCUAGGUAGUGUGAAAUGGUUAAGCAAACUAAUCCUGGUUCAGCAGCUAACUGUGCAUGGAGAAAGAAUGAUCCCCAAACUCACUUUCUCUAGCAUUUUCAUAUCAUUCAAGGGAGCAAUAGAUGGGCUUGGUGCAGGUUGUAGAAGUUUGAUUGGGGUUGAUGGUGCUCACUUGAAAGGGAACUAUGGAGGGGUUUUGCUAUCUGCAGUGGCUAUAGAUGCAAAUAAUGAGCUACAUCCAUUUGUAUGGGCUAUAGUUUCAGUUGAAGAUGGGGAGAACUAGAAGUUUUUCAUUUGGCAUUUAAAGCAAAUCUUGAAAGACUUAAAUAGAGGGGAUGAUUGGUGCAUUAUAUCUAACAGGCAAAAGGGAAUAGAUCUUGCUUUAACUGAGCUAUGGCCAAAAUUAGGGAGGAGGUAUUGCUGCAAGCACUUAGCUAAAAAUUGGAAAUCAGCUUUUCCAGGACCCUUGAUGCACUCCUUAUUUUGGUUGGCAUGUAGUGCUACUUCAACAUUCACCUUUAAAAAGGCUAUGGAAAGAAUUCAAAAGACAAACCACUUGGCACUAAAAUGGUAAGCUAAUCUAGGAGAUCAAGAGAGGUGGUCAAGACACAAGUUUGAUCCAAAGAUAUGCACAGAUGAGAAUAAAACUAACUUCGUCGAGAGUUUCAAUGCCACUUUGGGAGUGGACAGAUGCAGACUGUUCUGACUCUUUUGGAAGGCAUACGAAGAAUGUGUAUGGUAAGGAUGUCAACUAGAAGACAGAAAUGUAAAGAUUAGAAUGAUUCUGAUCCAUGUCCAACUAUUGUAAGGAGUAUCUAAAUGCUGAUCAAUGCUUCCAGAACUUGCAAGGCAUUCCAGAGUAAAGAGGGAGAAUAUGAAAUAAGAGAGGGCAUGCAUUAAAGGCUAUACUAGCUGCAGGACAUGAUCCUCAUAAGUAUGUUAGCACAUGGUACUCAGUUGCAGCCUACAAAUAAUGUUAUUCACAUGCUAUCAACUCAAUUCCAGACAUUGAGCAUUGGCCAGAAAUUGACCAACCAACAAUUCAAGCUCCUACAAUGAGGAGAGGAAUAGGAAGACCAUCAAGACAGAGAAGAAUAGCUGAUGAUGAACCAGAUAAAGAAAAAAGGUCAACCACAGUCAAAUGCUCACUCUGUAAAUCAUAUGGCCAUAACAAGCAAACAUGCAAAGGUGGUAUGAAUGCAAAGGAAAAAGCAUCACACGAUACCGAGCAUCAUAAAAACCAGAAAAAACAAAAGACAACUGCUGCUGCCUCUAUAUCUUCUUCCCAACCAGAGCCAGUUUCUCAGCCAUCUCAGUCCAAGCCAAGGAACAACAACAAAGGGAAAGAGAAAAUGUAGCCUGGGGUCUGGUUUUUUCAACAUGUGUAUCUUUUAUUUAGUAGUAAAUAAAGGUCAACUUAUAAAGUUAUACAUAUGUCUUUUUUUCUGAAACAUUUUUUUUUUGUUGAACAACUGGUUGCUGCUAUAUGAAACCAGAUUUGAUGUUUGUUUGAAGAAUUCUUGUCUUUGCACUGCUAUAUUACCAUGGUAGCUAACAUGUUUUAUUUAUUUAUUUAUUUAUUUAUUUCCAAACAAAUUUACCCACAGUUUAGUUAUCAUUCCCGUGAUUUUUGACCGCUAACCAAACUGGCCGUAAGGAUAUUGGAUUCUACUCAGAUCAUUGGCACUUGAAUUAUUCCUCCUCUGGUGUUUGCUUGAAUGUGUACUGUGAGUUCAAUUGCUUUUGAAUCCUGAUUGGUUAUGGGUGGAGCACAUGGAGAACUCACGAGCAGUUAAUCUCUCUGUUUGCUUCCAGCCAAUUCAAACGACAAUUUCCUCUGUGCAGUUUUGGGUUCAAGAUCAA